AUGGUUGAAUAUUUUGCUGUUUUGUCCUCUAAUUAGCUGAGAUCUUGAGUGCUCUUGGGUUCACCUUAAUGUGUGUGUGUUAGGUGAGUAGACUGAUGACUUCAGCAACAGAAAGAAGUGUAGCGGAAAAGGCACUAGUGAGCGGUGUGUGUGUGUGUGUGUGUGUGUUCUCGUGGUUUCAGAAGUUUGAUGUUAUUAGAUAUGUAGACCUGCAAAACUGGAGCAUUUAGUAUUUUGUGGGUGUGCAUGGGUGUCAAGUGCAUUAUGGGGUUUAGAUGCCAGUACAAAGUUUUACUGAACCAAGCAGACAAGACUGAAUAGAAAACAAAAAGAAAAGUAAGUUGACACCCAGGCAAACUCCAACAGAAUAAAUAUGGAAAAAGCACGUAUAGAAAAAACAGUCUCAGUAAUAUGACAAGAUUCAGCUGGAGAGUGGAUUGAUUAGGAAAGCAUGGUUGUAAUUAGAAGGGAAUGAGUCAGGUUACAGGUCAUAUGAUUGGGUUUGUUUUGUUCUUUCAGGUUUGACUAAGAUUUUUGGGAAACAGAGAAAAGGGAACUGGGCAAUGGAGUUCUUAUACAGUGUUUCCAUGUUAUACAUAUUACAUUCAGUCAACAAGUGAAAUGUUUGCUCAGUAAUCAUUAAUAACAAAAUUUCACCUGACUGUUCUACAAAGUCUGUUCUGGAGACUUCCUUAAAUGAUAACCCCUUUUUACCAAUAUACUAGUAAUUUAUCGAAAGUUUUCAAUCAGUAUAAAUAAAUCCUUUCUUUUAUCGCCAGAAGUGAAUCUGAUAUAAAAAUGAGUCAGGACUUUCAGUUGGCUUUAAGUGUGAGAUGUGUGUUUUUCCCUCUGAGUGUAACCUUAUACAGAAUUUUAGAUGAAGACAAACACCUUCAAGUUUUAGAAACUUAUGAACAAGCACAUCUCAGAGAGCAGAAAUUGGUUUGAUAUCAUCAUUUGCUUUGACAAUAGAAACAUUUCUGUGAAUGAAAAUGAACUGUUUUGGGGUUUUGAUGGAGCUUUUUGCCCCUACUAGUCUAGGAAACAGAAUUUCUUUGCUAGUUAUUCAUCUUAGAUCAAUUGAAGAGUCCGCCAGACAUGCCUCCGUGAAGGUUUUUACUAUGAGAGAGCAAAAUAAUAGAAAUAUAAAAUAUUCAUGUUCAAAUCUGGUUUGAGCCAAUUAGAGCCAGAACUACUGUCAGAGCUGCUUUUAUGGAAAAUGAAUGCUGAAUCACCUUACAAUCAAUCAUAUUUGAUAACGUGACAAUAGUGUGAUAUAAGCAUCAGCAACUUGUGUGUUCAAAUCCCUCCUGCUAAAUAGUUUUGGACCUCAGCACUGAUUUUACACUGGAUUCUGCCUCGGUUGUAAGUUGCUUUAAACCUCCUGAUUAAUAUUUUUUAAAACACAGUGUUCAUUAUGACACUUUCUAAACUGGUGCUUUCCACUAGUUUGUUUCACUUCCCAGUCACAAAAAAAACAUCUUAUGCUCUUGUCAUCUUGAUGUAUCUUUGAAAACUAAAAAAACAUAAUGUCUGUAAAAUUCCACCCAGAAUCUCUCUCUCUCUCUUUGUUUCUGUCUUCUGGUCUGAAUUUACAAUGUGUAUUGUUAAUCAUUUUUCAUUGUUAUUAUUAUUAUUAUUAUUAUUAUUAACAAUAUAAGUACUGUAAAUGAGUUCAGUUUAACCGAGAGCAAAAAACCCCCCUUCUCUUAGGAAAUUCAAUCACUGAAUCUUCUCUCAUUAUAUCUCAUUAUAUAAAACACACUACCAGUCAAAGGUUUGGACACACCUUUUAAUUCAAUGUUUUUUGUUUAGGGAUUUAUUUUCUACAUUCUAGAACAAUACUGGAGAUUUCAAAACUCUGAAAUAACACACAUGGACUUAAGUAAUCCAUAGGUAACGACAACAGUCAGUUGUUAUUUUAAGACACGAAGGUCAGAUGUUCUGGAAUAGUUCUCGCAAGAACAGUAUUGUCAAGUGCAUUUGCAAAACCCAUCAAGCACCAUGAUGAAACUGGCUCACAUGAAGACCAUCCCAGUAAAGCGAGACCAAAACUGACCUCUGCUGCAGAGGAGAAGUUCAUUUAGAGUCACCAGCCUCAGAAAUCACCAAUUAACAGCACCUCAGAUUAGAGCCGUUAUGAAGGCUUUACAGAGUAGCAGACAAUAUCUCAAUAUCAACUGUUCAAACCAGAUUAUUGUGUAUUUCAGCCGCCUUCAGCAUUGUUUUACAAUGUAGAAAGAAAUAAACAUCAGGAAAGACCAUGGAAUUAGAAGGUGUGUCCAAACUUUUGAUUGGUAGUGUAUAUCAGACUAAGUGCACUUUAUUUUGUUAAAAGUCCCAAUGAAAUAGUGGAAAUGAAAGCAAUGACAAUAUAACUGUGACAACAUCUUAAAUUUUUUUGAUUUAAAGUUUUAUGAUUUAUGAGGCGAUUCUUGACCUCUGAAAAGCUUGUGGGUCAACAAGAAAGUUGUUCUGGAAAAAUCACUAUUUUCUUUUAUUUUUUAGGACAGUAAAUAUUGAGUGCUUCAUGUUCAUAUGAGAGGUUUGUUACAUUUGUGUACUGCAUUGAUGAUCAGAGCUACAAGUUAGUAAAUACUAAAUAUAUUUUACAAUUGUUUUCUAUUACGUUCAACAUAACGAUUAUGACCUAAUAAGGGUAAUUUCAUAACAAUUGUCUAAAUUGUGCUUAAACUGUCCAUACAGACGCUUACUCAUAAACCCGUUUCUGCAGAAUGCAGCAUCAGUUUGAUGCCAUCAUUGAAACCAUUGUUUUUUUGUCUAUUUUGUUCUUCUAUAAAACUCACAAUUCUCAGAAACGUACACCAUGGUAUGAAUACAUCAUCACUGUGAACAUUACUGAAACAUCAUUAUAUGGCAGUCAUUUUAUUUUGUAAGACAUUACGUCUAUGAAUCUAGUAAAUUAUGUCACAAUGUUAAAUCAUAUUUCUAAGAAGAGUGUUAUCAGCAUCCACGUUUUAACAUAGCUCUUAGGUUUGUAACAGGAUAUUGCAUCACACAGUUUGCUACCUGUACUUCCCUUUACGCACAAGAACCUGAAUGCACAAAGAACUUCUAAGAAAACUUGGACGAUGUGUCUUAAAGUGUUAUGGAACAUCCAUGAGCACUCCUGUAAUGAAAAGAUAAGGAAAGUCAGUUAAAUAUACAGUCAUUCCACCAUUCUGCUAACUAAUAUCUUUCCUCACUCUAAGAUAAUAAUCAGUCUUUUAAUAUUUUUUUUUCUUCCAAAGAUGUGAGAUAAGUUUUGAGAAUUUAGCACUCUGAAGUUGUGAAAACCUUCAUCAAAGCCCAACAUCCUGUUAGAGAUAAAAAAAGUUGCGUGGUAUUACAGAGGUAAUGAUUCGAUGUAAGUGAGGUUUGCUUGUUUGUUGCACCAAAUUUUAAAUGUGCUUUUAUCCCAUUCUAAGUGGCUUUCAGUCUCGGCUUAGGAAAUUAUAAGGAAUUUUCCUAGUCAUUGCUUAGUAUAGGUUGAAUGAAGGGCUGGGGCUUAUCAAAGGAAAUCUGUGCACAAGCACUUGCCAUGCCACCACAGGACAUCACAAUCGUUCACACCAGAGGGUGUACGUUAGUUACCAAUCCACCUGCUAAAAUGACUCUGGUGAAUGGAGUGAAACUAGAGAUCUUUGCUUCAUUUUUUCAUUAUCCUUUCCCAUUCAUAUCAGUUCUAUCUACUAUGAUUCAUCUGAAACCAAUCCUUUGAACUGCCGCUUAUGUCUAGUCACAUAGAGCUACUUCAAUCUGAAAACAACUAUCUUUCAUCUUGUUAAUGUGGCAACAUUAGGUUUCAAACCCACAUUCUCUUGAAAAUGAGAGGAACAUUUUCAUGUCAUCUCCCUGAAAUUUAUUCAUUUGCUCAUCCGGGCCAGUCAUCGUGGGUCCAGAUUCUACCCUGGGAACACCCUCAUGAUAGAACACCAAUCCAUUACUAGACAAGAAAUCCUAGAAAUCCACCUUGCAUGUUAUUGGGAGGUGGAAAGAAUCUGAAGAACCAUGAGGAAACCCAAAUAUACUCACAUACAUCACUAAAUUUAUGCCAUUUGUCUGACCUUUUAUAGAACGACAUGCAAAGUGAAGUUUCUAUCAGUGGAAAUACUGAUACUGGUUCACUAGGUCAGGGACUAAAUAUAUCACCAGUCUAAAACCCUGCUGGGGAGGAAAUAUUGCAAGAGAACCUCACAAACAACAUUUUUUUUAGUUAAAGUACUUCCUGAAGAGAUAGAAGUCUUUAGAAGUUGUUUGAAGACAGCCAUUCACUCAACUGUUCAAACUGUUCAGCCAUCUAUGGGAAGUUCAUUCCACCAAACGGAUGCUAGGACAAACAAGAGUCUUGAUGCUUAGUUUCCUUGUAUCCCGAAGAACCAUUGUUUCUAAGAAUGUAGCAUCUUCAUUAACACAAUUCAGAGAGUAACCCCUGCAAACUGGGAACCUUGGACCUGUGAGGGACAACACAAUCUGCUGGACUAACAUGACAUCAAUAAGUCUUUUAAUAAUUUAUUAAAUUGCAGAAAUUAAGAGCUCUAGCUACUUCAGCUGUGUGCUGGGAGAAGCUACAUUAUUAGAACCAAGGCUUCUUUCUGGGUUCUUUGUAUAAAUAAAUGCUUCUAUUAGAGCCUUUUCCUAAAGAAAAAUCUACUAUGGUAGGAUUCCACACAGGAACAACGUGGCUCUCCCUAGUCUUUAGAACAGUUUAAGGUAUUGCGGUACAGAACCUUGGUAAUAAUUGAGUCGAUUAACAAAUUAAUGAUUACAUUUGGAUCUAAUAGGGUAAUUCUCAUGUUUUGUCAGAUUCUGGUGUACUAUUCUCUCACGAUGUACUAUGCUUGUGCACAAGUAGAGAAAGCUGGUUAGUUUAUUAGUUUAUGGUUGAUAGAUGUAGAUUGAUAAUGAAUCAGAAAGAAAUGAGUUAGACUACCAGUCAUUUCAGUUUGAUGAUUCAUGAACACUUUCAUUUAAAGAUAAUGCUAUCAGCUAGACUUAAACACAGUAGAUAUCCCUCUGGCUAGGUGGUAGAUUUUAAACAUCAGAGGACUUGAGGACAAGUUUAGUUAUUAGUCAUUACUGCAAGACAGAGCGCUUUAUUAGCAAUGUUUUACUCUAAACUCUAAAAUUAAGUGGCUUGGUCUGGCUUCUCUCAAGGACAGAAAAAUCUUGUUGUUUUUUUAAAAAACAUCCCAGAUCACUACAAAAAUCCCAAAUUUCACAUGAAUAAUUUAGAUAGGUAGCUAGCAACUAAAUUAAUGUCCAUGACUAGCCUAAGGAAGGGAAUAAAUUUUGCUGUAGUGUUUAUUAUUGUCAUUAAAAAGAUCUUAAGAGAAUUUUUUAAAGGUUUGAAAUAGGGUAUGACAUUGAAGGUUUGUACUGAGAAUUGUUUUAUGAGUUAAUAAAAAGGCAUAAAAAGGGGGAAAAUAAAAAUUUUCCUAAUACAGAAGUUGUAGUAUGAUGUUAAAAAGUCGCACAAAGCACAUAGUUAUACAAGCCAACUUUCAAAUUAACAAAACUACAUGCUAAAAUCUUCCAAAAAAAAAGAGGUAUUAGUUUCGAGGCUUGAUAUGACAGUUGUCCCUGUUUAAGUUUUGUUUUUGUGAAAGAGCACACAGCUCUACCGUCGCACCUGAAACCACAAGAGGCCGAUUUCCCCCGUUGUGGCUUGCUGACCUUUAUAGGAGCAGAAAAACAGGUGGGACCAGUAUGAAAAACAGCGCCCAAACACAUCCCUUAUCAUUUGUGUAUUUAGUUUUGCGCAGGAGAUAAACGGCUAAUGUAAGUAGCGCACAAUGGAGUCUUCUGACCGCAAAUUAACAUCAUGCAAACUGCAGACUGAGAUAAAUCAAAGAAAUCACCUUAAACCAAUUUUAUACCCUGCCUGCAGGGUAGGGUAACUUUUCAAUCUAAAAGUUGAAAAAUAAAGAUAAAAUCAGUUCACAGAUUUAAUUUUUUUUAAAAAUUUUAUGCAAAUCAUAUGACCUGGCCAAUUCAUAGUUUUGUUGUAAAUGGAAAAUUUGUGCAUAUUUGAAACUUCUGCAAUUUAUUUCCAUUAACUUUAUGCAUGUUUAUUAUAUUUUAUAUAAUAAACAUGCAUAAAGAAUGCAUGUUCAUAGAAUUUCCAGCCUUUUACUCUCUAAGUGCCAUGAAAAUAUCAUUAUUUUCAUACAAAUGACAUUAUUUUUUAUAGAAUUAAGAAAUAUCUCAUUAUCAAAUUGCUUCAUUUUUCAAGAUUUCAACUCCAGUUAACUCCAGGUCACUGUGGUAUUGUUGAUGGUUGAAGGUUCUUGCCUCAGACUAUUUGUUCAUUUCAGUGGAACUAAGUCCUCUUUUGUGGUGACUCAUUGUGUAAGAUAUUUUAAUGAGGACCUGGAGACUUAACAGUUUAUACAGAGUUUGAAGGUCCUACAACCUACAUACAACCUCAAUUCAUCUUACUAUUCACUUAGCAAGAUCGAAAACAAUUGGUCAGCUAGUUCAGGUAUGUUAUAAUGCACUGGAUCUGAUCAAAUUUGCAGGAUUGUGCCCAAAAUAUUUUUUUGAGCAUUAAUUCUUUUGAUUUGGAGCUUCUUUAGAACAAUAGUGUCUCUCAUUGAGUGACUACUCAAUGAAUGAAUCAUGGAAUAUUUUAAAAAAAACCAAAACAAAACCUGGAGUGUUGGUGGUUCUGCAGAAAUGGAACUCAAAAACAAAACAGACACUCGCAUGAGAAACAGGUUUUAGUGUAAAUAGUUUUGUUUUUGCUUGAGGUUGGUUAGUUUAUAGCAAUGGGCAAGUCACUACAGAUUCAACUGAUUCACUUGGUUCUAGAGCCUCAAUGGAAAUUACAGUGUCUAUGAAUGAAUUGUUCAUAAUGAAUGAAUCAUUUAUAACUUGGCUAAUACUACAAACUAAAGGCAGAGAAAACAUUGAACUUGGUGGUUCUCCAGAAUUUUCGGAUUGUUUGUGGUACGCAAACAACAAGACAGAAACAGAAACACACUUUUUGUCAAAUUUUACAAAAGUAUUAUAAUUCCAUUUUUUGGUUGUGAAUCAACUUACUGAAAAUAAUACUGAAGAAAUCAUUAUCACUGUGACUGACUUUAUCUUUCAUAUCAGAGACCGUUCUUGUAAAGCUGAGGUUCUUACAUAUAAAGAACACUGAACUAGAAUUCUGUGACCUUCUGUAUCAUUAGCUUCUUCUUGGAACAAAAUAAAUUAGAUAGAAGAGCCACUUCAUCCUGUUUCUUAGCACAUCAGAUUCUAAGUAUGUUGCAAAAUGCUGCUUUUUUCCAGUGGGGGUGUGUGUGUGAAAAAGAGAGAGAGAGAGAGAGAGAGAGAGAGAGAGAGAGAGGGAGGAUGAGAGAGAGAGGGAGAGAGAGAGAGAGAGAGAGAGGGGUCAGUAUCAGUAUAAAAAAAAGGUUGUGGUAAGUGCUAAGUUAUCACAUAUCGCUGUUAACCGAACCUCGAGAUAUCUGGUGAGGAAAUGACACAAGAAAUAAGAGAUAUAUAGAAAUAAAGAGAAUAAAAAACAAAUUGCAGUAACGAGAAAAAGAAAUAAAGGGAUAUUAGUGGAAUUUGUUGGAAGAAGUUGAAUUUAGGAAUAGAGAGAUUAAAAAGAAAAGAAAGAUAAAAUAAUGACACAUGCGAGAGGAGUAAGGAAGUCCCUGAUAAUUUCCUCUGCAGAUUGAGAAACUCAUCAGUAGUCAAAGCUUCCACGCUUCACCACAUUGACACCAUGUGCCAUCAGUAUAAUGACUUCCAACCCAUCAACAUUGGAAAUUCAUCAAUUAAAAUAAUCACUGAGAUAUGAGUACCAAGAAAACGUUCAUCUGUUUCUGAAAGGUGAUUAAUCUUCAGAAUACCUCCAGAAUGAAGACAAAGAUGCUGAAUGGCCAGAUCCUGAUGCUCUUGAUGAUGUCACUCAUUUCUUCAAGCAAGGCCAGUGAAAAUCUGAAUUGCUACACUGAUGGCAUAAAUCUCAUCACGUGUAUCUGGAACACUUCUUCAGUGGAAGACAGAUUUCACAUAACACCAACCACCAAAUGUUCCCUGAGAUGUGAUUUCAAUGAUUUCAUACGUAUUCACAAGCUCGAAAGUGACCUGGUGCCUCAGCAACAGCCACAAUUACGUAAAGGAACUCUGACAUUUCUAAACAAGUCUUUAACUGCUGGGGAGUCAUUUCCCAAACUGAAUGUAUGGUGUGAAAAUAAGAGUGAAGCAGUGGAAAAAAUGGCUUUUCAUACAAUAAGUAAUGUUAAGAUGUAUCCUCCAAAGAAGCCACUUGUGAAAGGACUGAAUAUCACUUGGCAGUGCGGUUCUCCUAAAUCUGACUUUGUCAGUGAUGUGGUGUAUGAGGUGCAGUGGGGUUUACUCGAGAACAGCUGGGAGAAGAGCCAGGUGGCAUCUACAAAACAGGAGCACUGUGAGUUACCAGAAGAGAAACUAAUCUUGGGGAGGGAAUACAUGGUCAGGGUUCGGUCCGCUUCUGAAGAAAAAAUCUGGAGCGAGUGGAGUCCAGUCACUGUGUGGAAAUCCACUGUGGGUUUAGAACCUAUAUCUGAAGAUCCCAUUAUACCAGGUGGAUUCCAUACUUUAAUCAGCCUUGGUAUAAUUAUAACAGUUGCAGUCUUUUUACUGACUUUCUUCUGCCUCCAGCGUCACAAGAGGUUUAUAAAGUGGCAAUAUGUACCCACGCCUGCGAAAUAUUUUGGGGAGCUUUUCUCAGACCACGCUGGUGAAUUUAAGUCAUGGCUGGGUCCUACUGUGAAUGAAAUGUAUAUCCAGACUGAUUCAGAGUGCAUCUCACCUGUGACAGUCUUCAAAGUCUGCAAUUCUGAUAUGCUAUCCAAACAGAGGGAAAAAGAUGUCAACAUAAAGGAUGGCAACAGCUCCAGUUUCUCCAACUCCAUUUAUUUCCUGUCCCAGAGCUCGAAAUCUCGCACAGCAGAUCAGCUGGAGCCAUGUUCGGCAGAUUGUCCGUAUGGCCCAGCAGGAGGAGGCAGUGUGCAAGAGAAAAUUCUGCCAGCCGUUCAUGAUAAUGGCAGUGACACUGAAUUGAAUGAGGUCACCAUGAGCACCCCUUUGGAAACGUCCUCCUCCUACAAGCAGCUGCAGAAGCUGCGGUUGGACAUCCAGAGCCCGGAUUCAGGGUUCGCCGGCAGCUCCGAGGAACAAGAAAGCCAGGAGGAGUCUGGAAGUGAAGGACUUCCUAGCCCGCCAGUGGUGGACAACACUCUGCCCAUCCACUGCAAUCUACCGUGCCCAGUCCCCCAGCUGACAAGAGUCCCUCAUUUGGGAAUCCCACCUGGUCCGGCAUGGAACCCAUGGAAUAACCAACCAUUCCUGAACCCGCCUCCAGAGAUCUACAGAAACGUUCUGCUGGGAAAUUCCAGUACCCUGGAUUUCUCGGGGAUUCUGGAGCCCUCAAGUGAUGAUUAUAUGCCUGUUAAGAACGUUUAAGGUUGAUCAUGUGACACAAGUAUACACAAACCCACAAGGAAAGAUGACAGGAACUCAGGGAAAACGUGAUGGACAACCGUUCUAUAAACUCUGGCUAAAUUAAGCACAUAAUGUAAAAAUUCACAAUGUAUUCAUUCUAAUGAUGAACAAUGUUCUCAGAUUUCUGUAAUGCUGGAGGAAUAGUACCUUUCUAUUUUGUGGCCUUAAGUUUGAUUAAGAUCAGGCCUACCUAAUGUUGGGUGAAAUAUCAAAUAGUUUUAAGAUUGCUUCAUAAUAUUUGUGUGGUGGUCUCGUAAGCAUGUCACUGACACCACUACUUUAGGAAAACGUAAAUAUAUUUGACCAGAGCAAUGUAGAAUUAUUUAGUAUAAUUUAUAACUUUGCUUUGUCUUUCCAUCUGGAAAGGAGCCACUGUGAUGAGACACUUUAGCAAAUUAUGUGGUAAAAGCAAUCAGGCUGCUUAAAAAUAUCUAAAACCAUGCUAGCCAAGUGUGUUUUUAUUCAUACAAUGAAUGUUCUGAUUAUUUGGAUGCCUAUGUGCUAAAUGGACUGAAAAGCCUAAGCUGAAUUUGUGACCAGGAUAACAACUGCCAAAAUAUUUGCAAUGAUCCUGCGCCUUCACAUCAUCGUCAUCAAAACAGAGAAGAGCUCUAAACUUCUAAUUCUUAGAAGUUUAGUAGAAAGUGUCAAAAUUUGACCAUGUAAAAAGUUUGUCGAACGAGUGUUUACUGACAUUAGUGAACAUCACUGCGGUUUGACACAUUUAUUUUGGGUUAGAAAGCCAUCAGAUAUGUGUUAGCUAUGUUAGCUGUGUCACAUGAAACUUAAAACUAAUGCUGCAAACACUGGACACCAGACAUGUCUUGACUUGUUGCCCCCUUGUUUGCCACAUCUACUUGUCCAGUUACCGAAACUGGAGGACUGACAUUAUGGAGUCUGCUAUAUUUAUCUUGGUAUGAUUUAAAUAUCUGAAUGAAGCUCAUAUAUAGCAACAAUAAUUAGUCGCUAUAAACUAUUUACAGUGGUGUAGAUGACAUUUUCAUUGUUAUUAUAUUUAUGUAGUUCUUGCUUGACUGGAAUUCAGCAGUGUUUCUUAUUAUUUUUAUUCUCCGUAAAUUGUUCGAACCGGUACUGUUGACUGUUUUUGCCUAUGUAGAUCUUACGAGUGCAAUGUCGUGUCACUGUUUGUCAUUGUAGUACCCUAAACACCGACAGCCUUAAUGUUUAAUGAAAAGUCACUCACUUUCCAUCACCUAAGUAUCACUGCCAGUGCACAGUAUUUUGUUCAGUCUGUGUGACCUUAUGAUGGCAUAUAUAUAUAUAUAUAUAUAUAUAUAUAUAUAUGUAUAUGUGAAAUGGACAUGGUAUAGUGUGGUGUGUGUGUACAUGUAUGUAUUUGUGCUGUGCUGCUAUGAAAAAUUUAUAAAUAAUACUAUAUAACAAUAACAGCAUGACAUUUGAAUUGCUUAUGAAGACUAAAAAGUUGUAUUUUUCUUAAUGGAGAGACAAAAAAAUUGUUUGUUUUUGUUGGUUUUUAGUAUUUAUGUAUCCAUCCAUUCAUCCACAAAGUCAUCAAUUAAGGAGCAAUACCUACAUUUUAUCCAUCAUCCAUGCAUCAAUCAAUACAUACAUACAUUCAGUCACACCCAUCCAUCCAUCCAUCCAUCCAUCCAUCUCCAUCCAUUCAAUUCGGAACCAAUACCUACCUACCUACCUACCAUCCAUCCAACGUCCCAUUAGUCCAUGUCUUCGUGCAAGAAUUCUUAUUUCCAAUACAGCAUUAUCAAUGCAGUUCCUCAGUUUUAUUCCGUUCAACAGUUCCAUCCAUCCAUCCAUCCAUCUAUCCAUCCAUCCAUCAAUCCAUCAAUCCAAAAAUUCUCAUAUCCUGUGACAAGGAGUUUUAACAGCAAUAGACACACUAAAGCAAACAUUUCUAGUAGAUCAAUCACUAGAUACAUUCCAUUCUUUUGUAUUAUGUAUCAAUCCAUACAUACAUACAUAUGUCCAUACAUUUUUUCUCAUUUCCACUUAAUGAUUAAUGGACAUACUACUAAUGACCUCACGUUAGCCUUCCUGCUUGUUUCUUUGACACCCGUGGUAUCUAACAGAGUUCAUCAUCACCCACAAAGCCUUACACAGCUGAUAAAAAGUUUUGUUUCCUCAGAAACCCUGUCUACUACUCUGUAAAAUGUGAGCUCGAGAUGACUAUUCAGCAAGAAGAAAUGACAGUAAAAGGUCUAGUUUCCCUCCAAUGAGUCUUCACAUCACUCUGGGGUUUCCUGAAUGAAGCAAUAUUGUGAGUAAUGAGAUGCUGAGCUGUUUGACAAAUGAAAAAAGCAUGUUAUUCUGAGAAGAGACUUGAAAAUGAAAAAAGGGAUCUUGUUAGUAGAGCAUUUUGUUAGAAUAGCAAAAGGAAAAAAUAUGAUACUUGAGCGAAGAAUAGUCUUUAAAUCUACAUUAAACUGCGUGCAACCGUCAGAGAAUUGUCGGUGCUACAU